GGCUAAUCCGGGCCCGGAGGUUAGCGGGGCGGCGACGGCAUGGCCGGGGGCUGGUGGGCGAAGGCGCAGGGCGGGGGGAUGCUGCUGGCUCUCCUCGGAUGGAUCAGCUCCUGCGUCACCACCUUCGUGCCGCUCUGGAAGAACCUCAACCUGGACCUGAACGAGCUGGAGGUCUGGAACAUGGGGCUCUGGCAGGUCUGCAUCACCCAGGAGGAGGGGGUGGUUGAAUGCCAAGCCCACGGCUCCUUCCUGGCGCUGCCCCCCGAGCUGCGCAUCUCCCGCCUCCUGAUGUGCCUCUCCAACGGGCUGGGGCUGCUGGGCUGUCUCCUCGCUGCCCUGGGGCUGGAGGGCUGGAGAACCUGCGAGGACAAACCUGGGCGAAAGCGGCAGCUCCUGCUUGGCGGGGGAGCGACGCUCGGCGUGGCAGGGAUCACCACCCUGGUGCCAGUCUCCUGGGUCGCCUACAACACCGUCCUCGACUUCUGGGACGAGACCGUCCCCGACAUCGUCCCCAGGUGGGAGUUUGGGGAGGCCACCUUCCUGGGGUGGUUCGCUGGAGCCUUCCUCGCCGCGGGCGGACUGCUCCUUGCCUGCAGCGCCCGCUCCACGGGCACCGCCACGCCGCUGGCCCCCGCCUGCCGCCAGGCCCCCGCUGCCCCAGGGCUGGCUGGGGGCCACCACCUGCACCCCAAAAAUGCAGACUUGGUCAUCUAGGCCUCAGGGUGCUGUGCCCUGUGCACCUCGUGGCUCUUCCCCUGGCAGGGAGGGCUCCUGCUUGUUUCACAGGAUGAUUUGCUAAUUGCUACGGCAGCUCUGCAGGUUUCUCUCCUUCCUCUGCGUGUCUGCUUCACCUUUUCUCUGUUAAGGAGCAGCAGAUCUCCCCGCAGCACUCACCAAGCAAGCGUGGGAAGGCAACAAGCAGCGGGCAGCACUUUGUACUGCUGGUGACACCGUGGUACCAUCACUGACGGGUGACACUGUUGGCAUCCCCGGCGAGUCCCCCACAGCCAAGUCUGUCGUGGCUAAUGCUGCGCCCCAGGGCAGCAGCUCUUUCCUUGCAUGUCUGUGUUGCUCUGAUGUAUUUGCAAUAAAUUAUCAUGUCUGUU